AUGACGACCACACAUCCCGCUUACGUCCGCACGCUCGACAACCUCAUCGACAACGAGCGCGUCACGCCGACAGUGACGGCCUUUGCCGAAGCCGCCUUGUUUCCGUCGACCCAAGACGCGGCGACCGGCGCCAUCUUGACGCCGCUUGUCGCCACCGCAGCCUCCGACGUUGAUGCCGCGCUCGCCGCCGCGGACGCCCUGUACACGUCCGGCGCCUGGAGUCGCCUCCUAUGUAGUCCCGAGCGCGACGUCGUGUUUGAGCGCUUUGCCAGCGAGCUCGAGACGCGCCACGAAGACAUUCGGGUCGCCGAAAUGAUCGAUGUCGGCGACCGCAACGCCAUCUCCAACUACGGCCCGAGCGUCCUGCGGGAUCCUUCGCAGCUGCGCAGCCCGAGCCUCAAAGAUGAAGCGAAGAACGUCGAUGUAUGGACACCGCUCGCGUCUGGCAAAGGCGCACUCAAAGCCGUUCCGCUGGGUCCUAUCGUCGUCCUCGCGCCUACGAACGCACCCCUCGGGUCGUCGUUGAUUCAAAUUCUCUCGGCCAUCUACUUUGGCUGUCCGGUGCUCGUCAAGCCGUCGCCGUACAGUCCGCACGCGUUCAACGUCUUUCUCGACGCAGUCCUCGCGGCCGACUUGCCCCGCGGGCUGAUUCAGAUCGUCCACGGCGGUGCGGCCGUCGCGACGCAGCUCAUUGCGUCACCGCUCACGAAAGGCGUGUGCUUUACAGGCUCGACCCGCGUCGGGCUUGCGAUCGCAGCGCUCUGUGCGCCGACGCUCAAGCCAUAUGCGCUCGAGCUUGGCGGCGUCAAUCCCUUUGUGGUGCUGCCCGGCGCUGACGUGGACGCUGCGGUGGCUGGUCUUCUCAAGACCUUUUCGUGCAUCAACGGCCAGUACUGCUGCGGCGCCUCGAACGUCCUCGUCCACGCCAGUCUCCGCGACGCGUUUGUGGAAGCGUUUGUACGCCAAGCAUCGACGUUCGCGAUCGGCGACCCGCGCGACGAGACCAACACGAUGGGCGCGCUCAACAUGUGCAUCGCAACGACCCUCCGCGCCACCGUGGCCAAGUUGCUGGAGCUCCCAGAGACGGUCGCAAUUGCAGCGAGAGCCGUCAAGCUGCCCGAGACCGGCUACUACAUGGCGCCAAUGCUCCUCGAAGGCGUCGACUCGAGUGUCCAGGCCGAGCUUUUUGGCCCCGUCGCACUCCUGCGCACGUUCCAGACAAUUUCCGAUGUGAUUGCGGAAGCGAACGCGGCGCCCGCGCGCCUCAAGACGUACGUCUACGGAAAGGACGGCGACGAAACCAUGGAGCGCUUCAUUGAUGCGAUCGAGUGCGGCUGGAUCGACGUCAACGAGUCGGAAUUUGAAAACGCGGCCACCUUUGACUUCUCGCCGCUCUCGGGGUUUGGCCAUGCCGACGGUGCCUUCUUCACGCGCCGCGUCUUGCGCAGCGCGCAGCCUCGUGUCUAGAGUCAAGGUAUAAAUUGAGAAAUUUUCAACGAAAGCUUUCUUUGUCA